AUGGCAUAUUCUAGGACAAAAAGGUAUGGAGAAGUUCAAGGGAGUCCCCCUCUUUGUCGUUGUGGAUGUGAGGCCAUACUAGGCAUAACGUGGACUAUAUACAAUUCGAGGAGAAGGUUCUAUGGCUGCCCAAGAUACAAGAGAAAUGAGAGAGACGGUUGUGGCUUUAUUCAUUGGAUAGACCCUCCUAGUGGUGAAAGACAUAAUUAUGAUAAUGGGUUGUUUAAAAGAGUAGAGGAGAUCGAAGGUAAUCUUUUGCAACAACAGAUUUUGGUUGAGAAAAGAGAAGAACAAGUUGGAAAAAUUUUGAUGUUGAUGGAGGAUGUCAAAACUGGUCUCUGUAUUUUUGUUGUACUUUUAUCUUUUGUUUUGUACUUGACAUUAUGGUGA